UUCGACAAGUGCAGAGUGAAACAAGUUGUUGUACGCUGAAACACAGCGAACAACGAAAAAAAAAUUCAUUUUUUCUUGUUCAAUUUUCAAGCAACUGUGAGCUUCAACAAAUCAACAAAAAAACUUUGAUUAAUGCACGGAAACGGAAACGGGAACGGAACGGAAACGCAACAACGAAAGCAAUAACUUAAGUGAUUCUUUCAAGCAUACUACGCGUAUUGAAUAAAAGUGAUAUAUAUAUACAUACACACUCAUAUAUAAAAAAUAUAUAUAGAGAGAAGAAGAACAAGAACUGCAAAUGUUAUAAGAUAACGCUGCUGGGGAGUCUGCUUGGCAGUGGUGGAGGAGAGAGCCAAAUCAAGAUCAAGGAUGCACGUUAACAAUGCUAAGCCAAAAGCAAUAGCAGCACCAGCAGCAGAAGCAGAAGCAGCAACAUCAACAGCAGAAGUAGAAGUAGAAGUAGAGGUAGAGGUAGAAGUAGAACCGAUUUCCGGUACGGAAGUAGCGCUACUCUCAAGGCAGCUCAUGUCAAAGUCGAAGUCAAAGUUGGAGUCAAAGUGAAGCAUUUUACUGCACUGACUACACUGGAGUCGAUGUGAAAGAAGGUUGUGCUAUAUCUAAAAUAGUAAAUAAAUAAUAAAUAAGUUAAAAAAAAAAAAAAACAACAAAAAAAACAAAAAACAAAUAAGCAAAAACAAAAUAAGAAAAGCCGUAACACAAACAUACAAAGUAUAGCCCAAAGGGUUUUUAAGUAGUUUAUAAAAAAUUUCGAUCGAACUGGCAAGUGGCAGCUAGUGAACAGAGCGACGUAGACACAAUGUCUGUGGACUUUAUACUGCCCAAUCGCAACAAGAUACAAACGAUUGCCUAUGCGAGCAAGAAAUGUGCACCGGCCAGCGAUUUACAGAGCUGGCGACGUCCCAAGUCCAAACCCAAGCCCAAGCCCAGAGCAACCAACAACCAACACCAACAGCAGCAACAGCAACAGCAACAGCAGCAGCUACGUAAACUGAGGCCGACGGCCAAUACCAAUUGGAAUGAGGAUAAGUUCUCCGUGCUGCGCAAUGCCAAUAAGAAUAAUAACAAUGGCCAAGGCAAGAUGACCCUUAAGUCUGGCAACAAGGAUAAGGAGAAGGCUAAGGAUAGGGAGAGCAAGCGUAAAGCAGCACUCAAGCGUGAAAUAAUCGAGCUGGACGAUGAUGAUGAUGACGAURCCAUGGAGGACGAGGAGGAGGUGGCCCAGUCCGACGAGCAACAAUUGGAAUGGGCGGCGGCACAGUCGCUGGUGCAAAUGAACUCCAAGCAGGAAAAGCAGCGCCAUCUAGUAUCAUCAGCGGGCGCUACUAUAACAGCAAUAGGAGAAGUGAUCUCCAAGCCGGACAAGCAACGCCAUCCAACAGCAGCAGCAGCAACAGGAGCCAUAACAGCAACAGGAGCAACAACUGAAAAUGGAGUUGGAGCUGGAGCUGGAGCAGCAGUAGCAGCAGCAGCAGCUGGAGGAACAAACACAACCAAAACAGUAUCCGCAGUAUCUAUGCGCCGUCCAGUGGCCUUUGGUCGCGCCCCAGCCGAGGAUGGCAAAGUGAUUUUCUAUGCGCCGCCAGCGAAUGCCAACGGAGCGCAGCGACAGCCGCUGCCGAUUACCAUAAAGCGUGAGCGCGAGAGGGAACGAGAGAGGGAGCGGGAGCGUGAGCGUGAACGCGAGCGUGAACGGGAGCGUGAGCAACAAGUGGCUGCGGCUAUCUACCGAGGCCGCAGCCUGGAGGAAACGGAGGCGGCGCAUGAUUUGCUCUCGCUAUCCCAGAGUUUGCCUCCCUUGAUACCGCCCUGUGUGGUGACCAUAAUGAAGCAGGAGACUGUGCCCAAGCAGCCGGACAACCUAAAUGUCAUGCAGGAGAUAUCAAACGCGCCAUCGCCUUACCAAAGCAGCAACAGUAGCAGCAGCAGCAGCAACAGCAGCAGCAACAACUCCAAUGUUGCUGCCAGCAACAGCAACAGCUCAAAUAUUCGCUUUAUUGGCAGCAGUUCGUAUGAUUUGCUGCACAGCGCAACGGAAACAUCGAACAAUUGUUCGCCGCUAACACCGCCCAAUUCUGAUCACAGCUCAGAUGUGGACAUUGACAUGUCCUCCUCCUCCGAAUCCGGCCACUGGAACAAGCAACAGCAACAGCAUCAGCAGCAACAACAGCCACAGCCGCAACAGCAGCAGCAGCAGCAACAACAACAGCCGCAGCCACAACAGCGUGCCUCUGCCUUGAAGAUGUGUCUCAAUAUGCUCGAUGGACGCACCAAAGCCAGCAAAGCCAGCAAGGAUAAAAAGCAGCCACAGCGUCCAAAGACCAGCAGCAACAGCAGCAGCAGCGGUGGCAACAACAACAACAGCAAUAGCAGCUCGACUGCUGCCGGCAAUGGCGAAUCGGUGGCAAGCGGUGAGAAUUAUGCGAAGCGCAAGCGCGGCUGCUACAAGUGCUCCGAGUGUGGCAAGCAGUACGCCACCUCCAGCAAUCUGUCGCGCCACAAGCAGACGCAUCGCUCCCUCGACUCCCAGUCAGCCAAGAAGUGCAACACCUGCGGCAAGGCCUACGUCUCGAUGCCCGCCCUGGCCAUGCACUUGCUAACGCACAAACUGUCGCAUAGCUGCGACAUCUGCGGCAAGCUGUUCUCGCGUCCCUGGCUGCUGCAAGGCCACCUGCGCUCCCACACAGGUGAGAAGCCGUACGUGUGCGUGCAGUGCGGCAAAGCCUUCGCGGAUCGCUCCAAUUUGAGGGCGCACAUGCAGACGCAUUCGGGCGAUAAGAACUUCAAGUGCCUGCGCUGCAACAAAACCUUUGCGCUCAAAUCGUAUCUGAACAAGCAUCUGGAGUCGGCCUGUCUGCGAGAAAAUAGCGACAUAUCGCUCGACAAGAGCGUGGAUGACAUUGAUCUGGAUGAGGAUGAGGAGGAGAUGAAGCAUAUCGAGGCCGAUGAGCUGGAGAGCGAUGAGAACAGUCAAGAUAUUGUGGUAGCCUAAGUAAAACUAACAUUCUAACAAACUUCAAAAUACUUUAUAACAAUGAAAGAUAAAAGCAAACCCUAUAAGCAAUACUCGAGCACCCUUAUC